AUGAAAGCACUUGGACCUGAUGUUCCUGAAUUGCUUAUUCUACCUGUAUAUGGAGCGUUGCCAUCUGAAAUGCAAACCCGUAUAUUCGAUCCAGCUCCUCCAGGGAAGCGAAAGGUUGUCAUUGCGACGAAUAUCGCGGAAACCUCGUUAACCAUUGAUGGGAUAUACUUCGUAGUCGAUCCUGGCUUUGUGAAGCAGAAAAUCUACAAUCCAAAGAGCGGGAUGGAUUCUUUGGUGGUUACUCCGAUUAGUCAGGCUGCUGCCAAGCAGCGUGCUGGACGUGCAGGACGAACAGGGCCUGGCAAGUGCUAUCGACUUUACACGGAGCGCGCCUAUCGGGAUGAAAUGCUGCCAACGCCCGUACCAGAGAUUCAGCGUACCAAUCUUGCUUCAACGUUGCUGUCCUUGAAGGCCAUGGGUAUCAACAAUCUCAUCGAUUUCGAUUUCAUGGAUGCUCCUCCAUUGGAUUCGAUGAUAACGGCCCUUCAUCAACUGCAUACUUUAUCGGCACUGGAUGGUGAUGGCUUAUUGACAAAACUUGGUCGCCGAAUGGCAGAGUUCCCAUUGGAGCCUUCUUUGGCAAAGCUGCUCAUUAUGUCUGUGGAGUUAGGAUGCUCUGACGAAGUACUAACUAUUGUGUCAAUGCUCUCUGUGCAGAAUGUCUUUUACCGGCCGAAGCGUGCGCAGGAUAUUCGGAAACAGCUUCUUGGUAUCAUGGAUCGCCACAAACUCGAUCUAGUCAGUUGUGGUCGCGACGUUCAGCGAAUACAGAAGGCAAUUUGCUCUGGCUUCUUCAAAAAUGCGGCGAAACGAGAUCCUCAGGAAGGUUAUCGUACUCUUGUGGAUGGACAGAACGUUUUCAUACAUCCUUCGUCUGCAUUGUUCCAGAAUCAACCAGAAUGGGUUGUUUACCAUGAGCUUGUUAUGACGACCAAGGAAUACAUGCGAGAGGUAAGGCGGCUUCGUUACCCAGUCGGCAUAACUUGUAUUGAAUUACAAUUGAAAGGAUGA